GAUCGCCAGUGCGCGGUGUCCCUCGGACACAGCGGAUCACGGAAAGAGCCGAAGAUGUCGGCCCGGUCAUGUGAUCAGCUGUGUCCAAUCACAGCUGAUCACAUGGCACUGAUGACCAGUGUGCCCUGAUGAUCAGUGUGGCCCCAGAAGUGCCACCUGUCAGUGUCCAUCAGUGCCAGCAGUCAGUGCUCAUCAGUGCCACGUGCCAGUGCCCAUCAGUGCCACAUAUCAGUGCCUACCAGUGCACAUCAAUGCCACAUAUGAGCCCAUCUGAGCUGCCUUUCAAUGUCACCCAUCAGUGCCAGUCAGUGCCACCUAUCAGUGCUGCCAAUCAGUGUCGCCUAUCAGUGCCAGUCAGUGUCGCCUAUCAGUGCCAGUCAGUG